GUCAUUGUGUCACGCAAUGUGCGCCAUUUUGGAUGGGGGAAAAAAAUCACAGACGAUUUCCGUGAUCUGAUCCCGACUCUUCACCUUGCCUGUGGAUGUUGACUAUUUUUACCCCAUGCAAGUUACAUUGGUUGAAUAAGCAGUGUUCAGUAAUAGCCAACUCUGCUAAAUGAAACAAUGGCAGGAGUUACCGGUGGAAAUGACUUUCAGUGGUGUUUCUCACAAGUGAAGGGGGCAAUAGAUGAGGAUGUUGCGGAAGCGGAUAUCAUCUCAACGGUUGAAUUCAACCAUUCUGGAGAGUUUCUAGCAACUGGAGACAAGGGAGGCAGAGUUGUCAUAUUUCAACAUGAACAGGAGUGUAAAAAUAGACCACACCUGCGAGGGGAAUACAACGUCUAUAGCACAUUUCAGAGUCACGAACCUGAAUUUGACUACUUGAAAAGUUUAGAAAUUGAGGAAAAAAUUAACAAAAUAAGAUGGUUACCCCAACAAAACUCUGCUCACUUUCUGCUCUCAACAAAUGAUAAAACUAUCAAAUUGUGGAAGAUCAGUGAACGAGACAAGCGGGCUGAGGGUUACAACUUGAAAGACGAAGAUGGACGUCUCAGGGAUCCCUUUAGAAUUACCUCCCUGCGGGUACCAGUGCUGAUGCCCAUGGAUCUCAUGGUAGAAGCAAGUCCUCGGAGGGUGUUUGCCAACGCUCAUACAUAUCAUAUUAAUUCCAUUUCUGUAAAUAGCGAUCAUCAAACGUACCUCUCCGCUGAUGACCUAAGAAUUAACCUAUGGCACUUGGAAAUCACUGACAGAAGCUUUAACAUUGUAGACAUCAAGCCUGCCAACAUGGAGGAACUGACGGAGGUGAUCACAGCUGCUGAGUGCCAACCAAACCAAUGCAAUGUAUUUGUGUACAGCAGUAGCAAAGGCACCAUACGCCUCUGUGACAUGCGAGCGGCAGCACUAUGCGAUAGGCACACUAAGUUCUUUGAGGAGCCUGAGGAUCCAAGCAGCAGGUCGUUCUUCUCUGAGAUCAUCUCGUCCAUUUCUGACGUGAAGUUCAGUCACAGCGGGCGCUACAUGAUGACACGGGACUACCUCUCCGUCAAGGUGUGGGACCUCAACAUGGAGAACAGGCCAGUCGAGACAUAUCAGGUUCACGAAUACCUUCGCAGCAAGCUCUGUUCAUUGUAUGAAAAUGACUGCAUCUUUGACAAGUUUGAGUGCUGCUGGAACGGUAGCGACAGUGCAAUCAUGACUGGCUCCUACAACAACUUCUUCCGGAUGUUUGACCGCAACACCAGGAAGGACAUUACACUGGAGGCAUCCAGGGAGAGCAGCAAACCACGUGGCACACUCAAACCCCGCAAAGUCUCCACUGGAGGCAAGAGGAAGAAAGACGAAAUUAGCGUGGACAGCCUGGAUUUCAACAAGAAGAUCCUGCACACCGCCUGGCACCCCAAAGAAAAUGUCAUUGCUGUGGCAGCCACCAACAACCUGUACAUUUUCCAGGAUAAGAUCAACUAAAAAAAUAAUUGGGCUCCAUCCUGAGGACAAGGCUUUACUGUUCCUGCGUAGUUAAGCCUAGUGGUUUAUCCGUAUCAGAAACUAACAGCCCUAUCGUCCUCCUGGUGGCACUUUUCUCCUUUUGUUGCUGCAGGAGGUUGAUUGGUCUGCCUGUUUUUUAUUUUGAGUCAGAGGUUGAUUUUGCCUUGGGUGAAUCGGUGCCAGGGCAGAGAUCGGACCCGGAGAGCCCACCUUACUUUGAAUCAAUGGAACGGCACUCCCAAGAGGUCAAACUCUUGAACAUUGGUGUUUGUGUUGACAUUUUCAGCCUUUAUUUCAUAAUCUAACAACCAAACUAUGGAAAGCCCUGAAAAUGACAUCUUGUUAUUGUUAUAACACCCUCUUUUGGGCCUUUCUAAAACAUGAUAUUUCCUGGGUUUUAGGCCUACCUGUUAACAUUCCCCCAUGGACCAUGCAUUCAGGCCAAAGCACUUGCAACAGGUCAUGAAUUUGGAAAGUGGACCUUUUUCUUUUCUCUACCCACUCCCUCCUAUCCCCAAUUUAUCCCCCAGACAUGGUAAUCUCAAUGACUGUAUCUAUUCAAGUACACCUUUAUGGUGUCAUCCACUUAAUAAAAGUAACUAAAACUACA